AUGGAUAACUAAAUUUCUAAUAGAAAAUGCUAACAGCACGAUGAAAAUGUAAUAGCAACAAGUCUUAAUUUGCAAUGUGAUGAAUAGAACCGAUACUUUUGCAGCAAAUGUCUCGUGUUAAAGAUUAAUGACAGAGCCAUUCAUACCAAUACUGAUGCUUAAGAAAGGAUAAUCACUAUGAAAUCUGAAUUCGAAUUAAAAACUCAAAAUUUAACGAAGCAAAAUAUUGAAGUGUUAAAAUAAUUUUCUGAGAACAUUUUAGCUUUAAAAAAUCUUCUUGCUACUACUUUAGAUGAAAUUAACAGUACUAUCGAGAAUGAGAUAAAGAGACUUUAGAAUGUCUAAAAAUAAAUAGAAGAAAAUAUAAAAUUUAUAGAUAUCUAUAAUUUUGAUAAAAUUGAGGAAGCCCAAAAAUUACUUGAGCAACAAUUUUCCAGUUUUCGCACAGCAAUAAAUUCAUAAAUAACUAAAAUGGAGAGCAAUUUAAAGAUGGAUUCAUAUUUAAAGUACUUAGAUGAAUUAAAGGAUGAAGUAUAAGCGUUGAUUUGGUAUAAAUCAGAGUUGGAGCCUUCAGAUGAAAACUUUAUUGCAACUCCUGGGCUAAAGAUCUUUUGUUAAAAGCAUAAGACAGAAAUUAUAGCAUUUGAUUUGAAUCCUUAAAGAGCAAAAGAGAAUAGAUUAGCAUGCAUUUAUUGCAUUGAAUAAAAUACUAUCCCUUAUACUUCUUUGAUCAGAGUAAUUGAAAAAUGGAAAAAGUAUGAGGAACUUAAAAAAUCCAAAUUACUAUCUAUUUAAUAAAGGCAUUAAGAAAAUUAAUCGACCAUAAUAUAAUAGCUAGAUCUCAUACAUAGCACAAGUCAAUAAAAAAAUGAGGAAUUAACAUAGAGUCUUAAGGAAUUUUGCAAUUUCAUUGAUGGCUCUGUAAAUAAAAUAAUUCGUUCGAUGGGAAGAAAUUGGGCAAACUAAUCACAAAAGGAAAUACUAGAUAAUGUAGAUGUGUUAAGCAAAUCAAUUUAUAAUGAUGAAGUGAUUUUAACUGAGGAUAAUUAUUAUUAGAAGGAGGAAAAUGAUAUAAAUAAGUUAGUUUCCGAUUCGAUUGAAAAAAUCAAAGAAACUUGCUUAUAAUGUUGUUUAAAAAUUUAGAGUACAAUAAGGGUCACAAAUAAUUUGAGGGAUUCUAUUACUCAAUAGACAUGA